UGAAUGAUCAGAACAUUUCAUGAAAAUGUACAUACAAUAAUAACGGUUAGACUUCCUGAUGCAAGAGUAAAUGGGAGUGGUCAGAAUUCCUGUCAGUAUAUGUGGGAGUGGGAGUAAAUGAGUGUGAACAGAAGUGGUCAGAAUUCCUGUGAAAGUGGGUGGGAGUUCUAAACGAAACCCUUUUACUUUUUCCCAUUUUCAGGUCCUGUCAUGGUGGAUCUAUUCUUUCACAAAGUUCUGGUGAAAAACAAUAAGGAUCGUGAUGAGUUGGACACAGAGCGCGAGAUCAUCCUGCGCCUGCAGAACCGGAUCCUCAUGCUGUUCUUCGGCUCCGGUGAUUGUGAGAGGUGUCAGGAAUUCGCCCCUACACUCAAAGACUUCUUCAAGAAGCUAACAGAUGAGUUCUAUGUCGAGCGCUCAGCUCAGCUGGUCCUGCUCUACGUCUCACUCGACACCACGGAGGAGCAGCAGGACAAGUUUUUGAAGGAGCUUCCUAAACGCUGCCUCUUCCUGCCCUUCGAAGAUCCUUACAGGAAAGAGCUGGGGGUUUUGUUCGAGGUGGAGGACAUACCCACGGUGGUGGUUCUGCGUCCUGACUGCUCGGUUCUCUCUCCCAAUGCCGUGAUGGAGAUCUGCUCUCUGGGAACUGACUGCUUCCAGAACUGGCAGGAAGCAGCUGAACUCAUCGACCGCAACUUCCUGAUGAACGAAGAGUACGACGAGAGCAAGAGACGAAGCUUCACAGAUGCCAUCCGCCGGCAGAAAUACAAAGUGGAUGACAAGAAGAAGAAAAAGAAGAAGGAGCAGGAUGGAGAAGAUGAUGAUGGAGGAGGAGGAGGAGGAGGACCUUGGGGUUGAGAAUGAUGGAAUAUAAAACACGCUGCUGAAUUGUUGAUGAACAGAGAUGCUUUUGUGCUUCAUUAACAUUAGCGUUCAGAUGUUAAGAGAAUAAAAUAAAUAAAUGCAGUGAAUAUAAAAUGAUAUUGUACAUUUACUACACAAACACUCACAUCGAAAAAAAAUGAAAUGAAAGCAUGCAAUUAAUUAAAAUAGAAAGAAACGAGAUAUAGAGAAUACAGAACUAUUAAAUAGUUGGAACAUUAUUAAACUUUUAUUUAGGGGUUUUAUGUUGUA